UACUAUAUACACACAUCAGCCACUCACUUGGCCACAUUUUACUACAGCUCUAGAUUUCCUUUAUGCUGCUGCCCAGCAGUACUUUUGGUCUUGGUGUUCAUUUUGCUAGGGACUUGUUGUAACCACAAGGGCAUAUUUUUGACAUCGGUGUCACGUGUUAAUAACAUAGUCGCUUAUUCUUCAGACGAAUAUCUUUUAUCGGCAGUAGGAAGAAUAGAUUAUACGGUGAUUGACUUAAAGUGCACAAGAAUGAAUCUGGAGCUUUACUCUGCACGAUUCUGACCUAAUUAUUAGGACGCGGAACUGACAACCGACACACUUCAUGCGAUACGAUACAGAGUCGGCAAAUUGGAGUGUACUUAUUAUUCUACAGUGUGUGAUCAACGAGUAUAAUUGAAUACCUAUUAGCAAGCACAAUGGUGCCAAAACGUGUAAAAUUCUUGACGACGAGAGGAGAAGAGUGACAAUGAUAACAUUGAAUAGCAUCAUUCUUCUGCUGCCACACAUAUCUACUUCUUGAAGAGAUCGAGUGCGGUGACGAGAUGGGCCUUUGUCUGUGCAAGGACAGGAGUUCAUCAUCUGAGACCACGACUUGCUGCGGCUGCACGUCCCUCAACUGCCCCUGUUGCUUCCGGUGGGGCAAGAUUCGUGGUGGAGGCAGCCGAGACUCUGCGGCGAACGGUGGUGGCAGAGUUACCAGUGGUCACAACAGGGACACACUUGGGUCGGACCGAACCACCAGCAGUGCAGCCUCUGACCCCAACUUUCUCAUCACCCACCUCAGUCCUCCCCUCGUCGACAGCUAUGUGCUGGAAACGCUCAAAAUACUGAGAACUCUGGUUGGCAAUGACGCUGAGGCUCCUUCUUCCAUGGUGAAGCUGCACAGAAUAGCGGAACUAGAGGAAGGUUGGCUCAUGGUGGUGACGUCCCUGGUGAACAGUAUUCCGAUGAAUGAUCCUUUGGGUCCCGCAGUCAUUUCUUUGCUCCUGGAUGAUUGUCCCCUCCCCACAAAGGAAAAUGCGAUGCAACUUAGCAAACAUUUACGUCUCUCAAACCACACAAAUUAUGAUGUUCGACAGAAAAGAAACAUAUGCAUUGUGCUGGGAUGUUUAGCAGAGAAGUUAGCUGGACAAAACAGCACGAUUUUAUUAAAUGACGAAGUUAUGAACUACUUAAUAUCACAACUGAAUCCGACGGUGAAUCCAGCCAUCAUCUUGUUUGCCAUAAUUGCCCUUGAAAAGUUUGCUCAAACAAGCGAGAAUAAGACUGUAAUAAUGAAAAGCAUCCAAUCCACCUCCGAGAACCCAUUACUGAAACUUGAGAGUAUGGCAGAUUCCGAAAUAUAUGACCAACGACAAGUUGGAUUUUGUUCCCAGUGGUCUCUCGACAAUAUUUUCAUGAUUCCAAGCCGACCGUUUGGUUAUGAAAUGGUGGAUAAUUCCGGAAUAAACGUCAUACUCAACAGCUAUGAUGUUAGCGAGUACUUAAAAAUUUCACCCAGUGGAUUAGAGGCACGGUGUGAUGCUUCUUCCUUUGAAAGUGUACGUAGCACCUUUCAAGUGGACUCUGGCACAUGGUACUAUGAAGUUCUCAUAAUUACUGAAGGCGUCAUGCAGAUUGGAUGGGCUACAAAAGCUAGCAAAUUUCUUAAUCAUGAAGGAUAUGGAAUUGGAGAUGACGAAUUUUCCGUGGCGUACGAUGGAUGUCGACAAGUAAUGUGGCAAGCAGCACAGAGUGAGCCGAUGUCGACACCUUGUUGGAAGCCUGGCGACAUUCUGGGAACUUACCUUGACUUGGAGAAAUUUGAAAUGAUAUUUUAUCUCAAUGGGGCCCUCAUCAAGAUCCACACAGACGUUUUUAAGCAUACCAAAUCCGGUUUCUUCGCAGCCGGGAGUUUUAUGUCAUUCCAACAAUGUGAAUUCAAUUUUGGGAGUCGGCCUUUCAAAUUUCCUCCGAAAGGGAAACAUUUUAAAAACUUUAACCAGUACGCCAAAUUGGGAGACGAGUGCCGGGUGGUUCUGCCCAGGCACUUGAAAAUGGAGUAUCUCAGGAAAGUCAGCGUAAAGGAAAAUUCCUGCAACCUUUGCUAUGAUCACAUCGCGAAUGUGAGGCUUCUCCCUUGUGAACACUGCGGGUUUUGUAACACUUGUGCCGACCAGUUGGAAAGCUGCCCCUUGUGUCGAAAAGUCAUUGAGAACAAGAUCACAUUAUUCGAAGCUUAAACCCUUAUAAAGUGGACUGUGCUGCGUUAUGCAUCGCUUACCUACUACAACACAACAUGAGUUUCUGACAAUGCCUCGUAUACUCUCGUACGUACCUCGGAGGAGUAGAACAAGAGUACUUAAUUAGCCAAUUACGAAAAUAAUGCAAGCAUUAAAUCAAAUUAAAAUCGACUACACGAAAAGCCAAUAGCCAUCCACAUAUAUGUAUAAUAUACCCGUUCUUCUUCUUCAUCAUCCUCUUCAAGGUGCUAAUUGUGAUUCCUCCAAUAAUCUCUAAUCCGUGACAGUCUUAUAUAUCAAAUUCUAUAUAUGCACAUUGAAGAUAACCUCCAAAAUUAUGCCUGUCCCCUGACAUGCAUCGUGGUCGAUGUAAAAAAUUGUGAUUAGUGAAAAUUUGAUGGCGUCAUCCUGAAUCCCUGAAUCAAGACGGCAGUCAAGUUUGGAGGAGUCAGUUUGCGGAGGACUAUUUAAUUAAUAUUAAACAGCGACAAUACGUGCAUAGGGUUGUAUGCACAAUGACAGGACCCUCUUCUAUUCUGUAACAGAGAAAGCAUAUGCUUUGUCCCUUUCUUUAUACUUGGUAUAGAAAGAAGCAAUCAAUUAUAUAUGGCGUUGUCGGUGGAAAGAUGUUUUAUGAAAUAUAUAUUAUUGCUCCCCGACACGAAAUAAUUUAUUAUCGAAAUAUAUGUACAACCAUCCUAAAAUACGCAUCGGUUAUUAUUAUUAUUAUUAUACAUAAUAUAUGAUACGUCGUUCGACCCGUUGUCGCAGUUAUUCUCGUACCUGACUGAAUAAAUCAUCUACUUACUAUAUGAAUAUGUAA